AGCGCGCAAACGCACACAGGUUUAAAGUUUAGGCUGUGAUGCUCUCCUCGCCCGCAGAUCACAGGACAGACAUUCCCGGGGACAACUUUGCAAGGCCAUGCGCUCGUCCCCCUUAGGAAGGAAGAGGGAGAAAUCCCUGCGGCUCGGUUUUGUUCCAAUGGUCUGCUCAGCGAGUGAUUCCCGUUUCCCCAAAGGCUGCCCCUCAUUAGCAUGAACGGGGGUGGGGGUGUGGAGAAGGGGUUGGGGGAGAGAAAGCAAGCAAAAGACCAGGCUCACUUUUAGAGCCUGGGAACCCUGUCUGCAAAAAUGACAGCUAGAGCUUUCUGGCUCCUCUGUUUGAUCGUCGGAUCAUCCCCCGAAGCACCGGUGGCGGAGAGAAAAACCUCGCCGCCGCACAGCAGAAAACCGGACUCCCGCGGCUGCCCGAGCGCGGAGGAGACACCGGGACCCCGCGCGCAGCCGCUCCUUGAGGCCCCGCAGCGGCCGCGCGCGGCCGAGGCCGCCCCCGCAGCCCGCGCCUGGCCUGACCCGCGCCGCCGGAAGCCCCCCACGCCGGCCGACAACCAGGCCAGCUUCCGGGAGGCCGCACGCGCGCCCGCUGGCCCGCCGGGCCCGCGCCUGGCGCAGGCCGAGAACCGCGCGUCGCCGCGCCGCGAGCCCGCGUCGGAGGACGCCCCGCGACGCGCGCGCUCACGGGCCCUGCGCUUCCCCGCCGCCCGGCCGCCCGCGCUCGCCACCGAGGGCUCCGCCACCCACGCCCACCCCAACCGGCCGCGCGCCGCCGCGCUGGCCCCGGGACCCGCGCCCGCGCCGCCGCCGCCGCGCUUCAGCCUCAGCUUCGGCCUCAGCCCGCCGCAGAGGGACGCGGAGCCCGGCGCUGAGCCCUGCGCGCGCGCCUGCCGGUCCGACCUGGACGAACGCGAGGCGUUCUGCGAGAGCGAAUUCGCGGUGAACGGGAUCGUGCACGAUGUGGACGUGCUGGGCGCGGGCAUCCGGCUGGUGACCCUGCUGGUGGAUCGGGACGGGCUGUACAAGAUGAACCGCCUGUACCUCACCCCCGACGGCUUCUUCUUCCGAGUCCACAUGUUAGCCCUGGACUCCUCCAGCUGCAAUAAGCCGUGUCCAGAGUUUAAACCUGGCAGCAGGUAUAUUGUGAUGGGCCACAUCUACCAUAAGAGACGGCAGCUCCCUACAGCUCUGCUCCAGGUCCUGAGAGGCCGCCUCCGUCCAGGGGAUGGACUGCUAAGGAGCAGCAGCAGCUAUGUGAAAAGGUUUAAUCGAAAAAGGGAAGGGCAGAUUCAAGGUGCAAUUCAUACCCAAUGCAUUUGAAACAACCAUCCUGGCAUUUCUGGACCACAAGAGACUUGGACGUCGGCAACAAGACAUGAAAGGUCUACCUUCAUGUAAUGGGUCCUCCUUUAGAAGAGAGCCUCAGCUACUCUGUGAAUGACUUGCAUAGUUGCAACUGUAAUCUCGAAGGUGUCACUUUGUUAUUUACAAGACGCUUCUUAAAUGGGCUGCUCCUGAGCUCAGUGUCAAGGUGAUUCAACUGUAGUGCCAGACAAUGAUUUACACAGCUCAGAUAAUUGACCUGUCCGGUUAACAGAUCACUGCUUCAUACGUUUUUAAAUUAUUUUAAUUUAAUAUUCUUUAGUAGAAAUAGUCCACAAAAACAUUUUCUUGAAUUUAAAUAUACAACUUUUAUAUCAUGUAUCAAACCAGAUUUUAUAUUCAAACGAUCACAUUUUAAAUUCUGUACAUAACAGUAAGUGCACUAGUCAAAAGACAUUUAUGUUUGAAAUGUCAUUUAGAUCAACACAAGGGUCAAAGCCCAGGACAAGGAUUAAAGUUUUAUACUUAAAGAGUACUAAAGGGCCAGUGUGCAGAUGGGUGGAUUAAAAAAAUAAAUAAAAUAAAAAGUAGUACUAAAGGGCUUACUUCAGGCAAAAGUGUUCCUAUUGUACCAAAAAGUAAGAUAUAGUUCAUUUUCAUGCCUCCCUGCUCCUAAUAAUGUAUGUUUUGUGCUGAACUGGCAGCUAUCCCAAUGUGAAAUGCAUUUUGGAUGUAUCUGGUGUCAUUUUUCUAUUAAGACCAAGUAUAAUGUUUGUUUGUAAAGCAAUAAAUCUUGCCUUGAAAUCAGA